CUCUCUAAUUUGUUCCUUUCUCUUUCUCUUUCUCUCUCCAAACUUCGUAUCUCUCUUCAAUCUCCUUCCCGUUUCUUAUUAUCUAUCUAUCCAUCGUCCCUCGGCAGUAGCAAACUGCUCAGGUCAUCUCUCUUCCACCCAUUCCACCGCUAAGAAUUUUGAUUUCAGAUGGAAAAUUCAAAAUCUAGUAACGACAACAACGAAACCAAGAUAAUUCAUGUCGCCGAAGAAAACCCUAACCCUGAUAUUCCUACAACGGCUGUAGCUGCUGCGGUAGAAGAACAACAACAACAACAACAACAAGGGUCGUCUGUCUUAGACGUAGUUUCUAAUGGAGCCCGUCAGUUACCAUCCAGGACUCCGUUCACAAAUCUCAGUCAGGUCGAUGCUGAUCUCGCCCUUGCUCGAACCUUGCAAGAACAGGAAAGGGCAUACAUGGUGCUUAGGAUGAAUGGAGAUGGAAGUGAUUAUGGAAGUUGGGAAACUGGUAGUUAUGACCAGGAAGAUGAGGAAGGUUUUGAUGAUCCCAGUGAAGAAGGGGAAUAUGCUGGUAAUGAUGAUGAAGAUGACGAAAAUGAGGAGGAUGCAUUUGAUGUUCAUGCUCAUUAUGAAGAUGAAGAUGAAGAUGAUGAAGAUGUUGUUGAGUUGGAUCCAGCUUCCUUUCCUGAUGAUGAGUCCUAUGCUAGAGCCUUACAGGAUAUUGAAGAACGAGAAAUGGCUGAAAGGUUGCUGGCCUUAGCAGGAAUAAGUAAUCAUGUAGUUGAAGCAAUGGAGGAUCAUGGGCAUAACUCUCAGGAAACCUGGGAUGACAUUGAUCCUGAUGAACUAUCAUAUGAGGAACUUAUUGCUCUAGGAGAGAUGGUGGGGACUGAGAGCAGAGGGCUUUCAGUUGAUACAAUUGCUUCUUUGCCUUCAGUAAAGUUCAAGGCGGGUGAAACUCAGAAUGGAUGCUCUGAAUCGUGUGUGAUCUGUCGGUUGGACUUUGAGGAGGAUGAAACCUUGACUCUGCUCUCAUGCAAACACUCGUACCAUUCCGAGUGCAUAAACAACUGGUUGCGUAUUAAUAAGGUCUGUCCUGUGUGCAGCACUGAGGUUUCGUCAUCUGGACCGGCUACAUAGUCAUUUUCGUGUCACUGUGGAAGACUAGAUUCGCAGGCAGCAGCUAAAAGGGAAGUGUGGAUUUGAUGCAUAAAAGAUGGCAAACUUUGAUGAACUUUUUUUCACCUCUUUUAUGUGGUUAUUAUACUUAAUACUACUUACUGGAUUUGAAGGAAGGACUUUAGUGUGUUUCCCAUGCAGCCAUCAAUUCUUAUUUAGCCUAAUGCAUCAAGUGUUAUCCCACACAAUGAAUCAUUAUUUGAAAUGGCCAUUAGUACCCUAUUUUAGUUUCUGUACAAUUUUUGUUUUUCUAAGAAUCUUCAGAACGUUUCCCUAAUAAGUAAUUGCCAUUAAUUUUUGAGAAAUAUAUUCAUUUUUAUUUGG